AUGGAUCUGGGAACAGCUACUAGGAUACUUGGGAUAACAAAAAGCAAAGACAGAGAAAAAGGGAAGAUGAAUCUUGGACAGAAGGACUACAUACAAAAAAUCUUGGACAAAUUUUCUAUGAACAAUGCUAAGAUCACUAAGCUACCAAUUACCAGCCAACAUCAGCUGUCUAAAGAGCAAUGCCCUAAAACAAAGGACGAAGCAGAUUACAUGAACAGAGUCCCUUAUUCUAAUGCAGUAAGAUUCCUAAUGUAUCUAAUGGUGUGUACAAGACCUGAUCUAUCCUAUGCAAUGAGCUUGCUAAGCAAAUACAUGUCAAAUCCGGGUAAACCUCACUUGGAAGCUAUGAAGUGGACACUAAGGUACCUACUGGGAACUAUGGAUAUUGGACUCACUUACAGGAAACAGAACUAUAUUCUAAGAUUAGAAGGGUACAGCGAUGCAGACUAUGCAGGGGACAGAGAUCAAAGAAGGUUAACUUCUGCAUACUAUUUUCUUAUAGGUGGGAAUUGCAUAAGUUGGAGGGUUCAGUUACAGCCUGUAGUAGCCCUAUCUACAACUGAAUCAUAA